AUGGUCAGGAUUCUGGCCUUUACAUCAAAGAUAUUCGGUGAAGAUACCAUGACAGAAGAGGUUUUGAGUCAAUACAGAGAAUAUCCCCCCCUUAAUUUACUUGCUCAGGCCUACAUUGACUUCUUCCCAACUUCGGCUUCUGACCAUUCAACCGAGACCCAUUCAGCCCCUACAAGGGAGGGGAACUCCGACAUCGGGAAUGGCGACAAGUGCCAAGUAAUGCUUCUCUCUUGUCUCUGGAAUGCAGACAAUCCCGACGAGACGUGUCAGAAAAAAAGCGGACUCGGGCAUCCAGCUUGCGAGUGCUUCCUAUCCAUCCGAAGACAUGAGAGAGGUUCCUGGCACUGGUUUGAUUACGAGAACAAAACUGUCUGUCAAAAAACGUUGCUGCUCAGCUCGGAUGGCAGAAAAGAUUAG